AUGGAACCAAAGAACCUAACAGGGGCUUCAGAAUUUCACCUUCUGGGAUUUUCAGAGAAACCAGAACUGCAACCUCUCAUAUUUGGACUUUUUCUCUCCAUGUACCUGAUCACUGUGUUUGGAAACCUGCUCAUCAUCCUGGCUGUCAGCUCAGACUCCCACCUCCACACCCCCAUGUACUUCUUCCUCUCCAACCUGUCUUUUGUAGACAUCUGCCUCACCUCCACCACCAUCCCAAAGAUGCUGUGGAACAUCCAGACCCAGAGCAAAAUCAUAACAUUUGAAGGCUGCAUUACCCAGGUGUAUUUUUUCACACUCUUUGUAGUACUGGACAUUUUACUGCUGACUGUGAUGGCCUAUGACCGCUUCAUGGCCAUCUGUCACCCCCUGCACUACAUGGUCACCAUGAACCCCCAGCUCUGCCAACUGUUGGUGCUGGUGUCCUGGCUCAUCAGUGUCCUGCAUUCCUUGUUAGAAAGCCUAAUGGUGUUGAGACUGUCCUUCUGUACAGUCUUAGAAAUCCCCCACUUUUUCUGUGAACUCAAUCAGAUGAUACAACUUGCUAGUUCUGACCCCUUUCUCAAUAACAUACUGAUAUAUUUUGCAGCUGUCCUGUUGGCUGGUGGUCCCCUCUCUGGCAUCCUUUAUUCAUAUUAUAAGAUACUUUCCUCCAUACGUGGAAUCUCAUCAGCUCAGGGGAAGUAUAAAGCAUUUUCCACCUGUGCAUCUCACCUCUCCGUUGUCUCCUUAUUCUACUGUACAGGUUUAGGAGUAUACCUUAGCUCUGCUGGUACCCACAGCUUACAGUCAAGUGCAACAGCCUCAGUGAUGUACACCAUGGUCACACCCAUGAUGAACCCCUUCAUUUACAGCCUGAGAAAUAAAGACUUAAAGAGGGGUCUGAAAAUACUCUUUGAAGAGGUAGCUCUAAAAUGUCAUUUUGUCCUUGGGCUUAAGAAGUGCCCUUGA